CACGGGUACGAUUAUCACCGAGACCCUAAAUGCAACGCAAGGAUCGAGCGCCUCUGUCUCCUUGGAGACGAGGAGCAGCACGCACAGCCGAGGCCGGGACGGAAGUCCGGUGCUGGUCGUGAUUCUUUUGGAAGUGGUUUGUUCGCAGCCAUGUCCAGCUACAGCAAAAAGAAGCAGCAGAGAUGCACCAGCGACAUCAACAGCCUGCUGCUGGCCGCUGAAGCAGCUCAGAAGGCCGAUAUACUGACCUAUUCCUCAGGCCAUCUCGGGCCUCGCAGCCUAAACCAGAAUCAGCCUCCCAAACAGACAAAGCAGUUUUUCUGGAGAACACCUCUCAGUCAAGGAGAAACUCUGGACUUAGUGGCACUCAAAAAGACGCAUGCAGAGAUUCUGGCCAGUGUAAAGAAGAAAGACACAAGGGAGUUUCCAUCUGAGGACACUCCUGGCACUCCUUUGGUGGAUUCUAGGCUCUUGAAAUCGAGACAGGACAAGGCCACAUAUUGUUCCUCCAAUGCAGGCAGAGAAGAGACAAAGCUGACUAAGACAGGCUGUUCUUCAGACUCUAUGUCAGAACAGCCGAAAGCCUCUUCUCUGAAAGAAUCUGUCACGUUGCCUGAUAUGGACAAGAACGAUGAGAUUCCAUCAAGCUGGGAGGACCUGAAGAAUGAAGGCCAGAUGGAGAUGAAACCAUGGUUUGACUGGCAGGUCACAGGAGAGCAGGACAUCUGUGCUGGAGUAAAUUUUGCUGAAGCACAUCAGGAGAAAUUACAAGAGGAGUUGAAGAAGUUGUCAGCACAAGGCUGGCCCAGCAGAGACCGCCUUGCGGUGUUCAGUGACGUCUUUGAUGAUGUAUGUGAAGGCUCGCCAGUAUUUGGACGCAUCCUGAGGGAAAUCAAGAGAGAUUAUGAUUUAUAUGUUAACCACUUGAUGGAUGCCCAAUCCUCACGACAAAACAUGUUGCUGCGUGCCCCUGUGGAAGAUUCAGGAGAAGUAAGGGAAACAGAGCUAGAUGAAGCUGAAAAGGACGUUUCCAUCCUGCAGCAGGAAGCCCAAAAAGCUGCAGAGGAGAAAAAGCAAGCCCACGAUGAGCUACAGAACAUUUCAGCCACAAGGGGCCCAGAGGACAGUGACAAGAAGACUGCUGUGUGUGCUGGAGCAGAUACAUCUCUGACCGGGCUGCAGGAGAGUGCAACUGUCACCGGCCACACGGAUAUUGUCCAAAUCAGGAGGCUUCAGAUACUAACCAUGAGGAAGGAGAUCCAGCAGUUGGAGUUUGAGAUUCAUGAACAGCUGGCGGCUGCUGACACCACAGCUGCUGCUGAAAGGCACCUCAAAGAUCUGAAGACUGAGAUGAUUAAGCUGUUAGCCUCAAAUCACCGUCUAAGGACCAUUAGCAAAGAUUUGGAGAAGAACAUCAAUAUGUUGCUAAACAGAGAGAAAGCAAGCAAGGCUAUAAGACGGAUGUUGUGGGAUGAAAUAUACAGUGAUCUCCAACCAGAG